UGGACCGCAGCCUCAAGGCCCGAUGCCACUCUUCGGCUGGGUGAGGUGGCCCAGGCACAAGCCCUGCCCAGCGGCGCGCCGCGCCGGCUCGGAGGCCGUGGCCAGGACGCUGCUGCGGGAGCUGCAGUGGCACCUGAAGGAGCGGGAGCGGUUCGUACAGGAGGUGGACCACGGGGCGCGCGCGGGGGGCGAUGACACCUGGCUGAGGACCUACCAGAACCCCCACACCACCAUCCCAGCUACUGAACAAAGGCAGCUUGAAGCUCUCUGCUCGCGAGUGCAGCCCUGCCAGGCGGGAGCCAUUCUCAGCAGGUUUCGAGAAGUCCUGGCAGAACAUGACGUGCUGCCCUGGGAGAUUGUCUACAUCUUCAAGCAAGUUCUGGAGGACGCCCUGGGGGGCCCUGAGAAAGGCGGGCAGCCGGGCCUGGCGGCGGGGGGUGUGGGGGGCCCCACUCACCCUGCGUGCCCAGGGGACAGCGCCCGGAGCUCAGACCAGGAUGAGAUUCCCACUGUUUCCAGUUACGUGGAGCGACACGCGGAAAACAGGCUCCCCACGUUCUCGUGCAGGACGUGGGACCUGCCGUAUCACCAGCCGCCCCGCUAG